AUGUCCCAUCAAACUGAUUCUAACCAAAAUCCCCCACUGGCUAUAAAUUAUUUCCUUGAGUCACUAAAGUCACUCACGAGGGAUCAAUUGGCAGAAGAUAUAGAGGGUCUUGAUGAUGAGGGAUUCUCACCGUUUCCCCAAGAAGGAGAACUUGAUGAAGAAGACCUAAAGGCAAUGAGUGCCAGUUUCCAAGAACACGCUAAAUUAAAACCACAUCUUGAAGAUCUUCUAAAGCUGCUGAAUCAAAAAGAUCCCGAGGGAGAUGGGCACACCAGUGUUUCUUUGAGAAUGAGCUCAUCCGAUAGAGACCAGAUAAUUACUAAUCUUCAAAAGGCACAAUCCGAUGUUGAAAGUAUACAAGGACAGUUAUCAUACAUACUAAGUCAAGGAUUUUUCAAUAGUGAACUGGAGCAACAUGCAAAAAUACUGCAUAAGCUUUCUAUAUCUGCUGUUGCUGAUUUAUUACCAAAGGAAAUCAAAGAAGCCCUUGAGAAGGGGAAACCACAGUUUCAACAGUUUUCAUCCAAAAUACAUGAAGAAAUUGACGAACCUGAUCUUGAUGAUGUUAAACUUCCCCCAAUAUCCAACCUUAAUAUCAAAGAAGCUCAAAAUAAAGGCAAUGGAAUUGCUCAAAAGAAAAGUAAAACAAAGAAAUCACAACAAAAAGCACAACAAAAGACGCGCCAGACGCCAGACAUUCUUCCUUAUGAACCCGAUGAAUGCAUCAUCUGUGAAUACUAUCAUGUUUUUGGGAAGCAACCAGUUAAUUUGAUUAAAGCAUAUGAUAAGAGAUUGAAAGAAGAGACAUCCAUGAGAAACAACCUUGAGAAUCGUACUCGACGGAAGAAACGCCAACAAAAGAAAAGAUAA